AGGGAAUUCUCCAAGCAUGGGGCGCUACGAUCUUUUUGUGGUUUUCUGCUUAUGGGCUUUGGCAUGCUGUUUACAUCCUGCUUCCUGCAAUGGAUUAGUUAGAAUUGGUUUGAAGAAGCGGCCAUUGGAUCUUGAUAGCAUUAAUGCUGCCAAAGCUGCAAGAAUGCAAGGGAAUUAUGGAAAGAUAGUGAAAGGCAUGCGGCAUAAUUUGGGUGAUUCAGAUGUAGACUUAAUUCCCCUGAAGAAUUAUUUGGAUGCUCAAUACUAUGGAGAGAUUAGUAUCGGUUCACCCCCUCAGAAUUUCACUGUCAUAUUUGACACUGGCAGUUCCAAUCUCUGGGUUCCAUCAUCGAAAUGUUAUUUUUCUAUCGCUUGCUGGUUCCAUUCUAAGUACAAGGCGAGCCGGUCCAGUUCAUAUACGGAAAUUGGAACAUCCUGUUCAAUCCAGUAUGGGUCUGGAUCAAUUUCUGGCUUCUUAAGUCAAGAUAAUGUUGAAGUUGGCGAUCUUGUAGUCAAAGAUCAGGUUUUCAUUGAAGCUACACAAGAAGGAAGUCUAACAUUCGUAUUGGCACAGUUUGAUGGGAUACUUGGGCUCGGGUUCCAGGAAAUCUCUGUUGGGGAUGUGGUGCCAGUCUGGUACAAUAUGGUGGAUCAAGGUCUUGUAAAUGAGGAGGUGUUCUCUUUUUGGCUUAAUCGGGAUCUAGAGGCGAAGGAGGGAGGUGAGAUUGUUUUUGGCGGUGUUGAUCCAAAACACUUCAAGGGAAAGCAUACCUAUGUUCCUGUCACACAAAAGGGUUACUGGCAGUUUGAAAUGGGCGAUUUUCUUGUUGGGAACUAUUCAACAGGUUUUUGUGAGGGGGGUUGUGCUGCUAUUGUGGAUUCUGGAACAUCCUUGCUUGCUGGUCCAACUACUGUUAUCACUGAAAUCAAUCAUGCCAUCGGAGCAGAAGGAGUACUGAGUGCGGAAUGUAAAGAAAUGGUUACUCAAUAUGGGGACAUGAUAUGGGAUCUCUUAAUAUCGGGGCUACAACCUGACAAAAUAUGUUCACAAAUAGGUCUAUGUACCUUCAAUGGAGCUCAGUAUGUGAGUUCUCAUAUUGAAACAGUAGUUGAAAGGGAAGAGGAGGGAACUUCCGCCGGGGAAACUGUAUUCUGUGCUGCUUGUGAGAUGGCUGUUGUUUGGAUGAAGAACCAGCUAAGGCAAGAGGCAACGAAGGAAGCAGUUCUAAGUUACGUGAAUCAGCUUUGUGAGAGCCUACCAAGUCCUAUGGGAGAGUCAAUGAUUGACUGCAAUAGCAUUGCAUCCAUGCCAAAUGUCACAUUUACCAUUGGAAAUAAAGCUUUCAGCCUCACUCCAGAGCAGUAUAUUCUUAAAACUGGAGAAGGCAUUGCAUCAAUCUGCCUCAGUGGGUUUAUUGCACUGGACGUGCCUCCUCCUCGAGGUCCUCUGUGGAUCCUUGGAGAUGUCUUCAUGGGGGUGUAUCAUACAGUGUUUGAUUAUGGCAAUCUCCAACUGGGUUUUGCUGAGGCUGCUUAGCAACCAAUCUACUGGUCAUCUUCUCUCAGAAAACCUAUAUUGUGAUUUAAUUCUGGUGAUGGUUGGGUUGAUCUGUACUAUGCUUGCUAAUACGAGUCUUAUGAGAUAUGUAUAUAUGGUGCAUGAAUGCAUGUUAUACUUCUACUUGUUCUAGAAUGAAGCAGUUUCUUUGUAGAGUGGAUAUCAUAAUGUGAUAUUAGAAUGUGGUCAAGCAGCGAGGAUAAAUGCUAGAUGGUUCAUGGUCAUAAAAACAUGUCUAUCUUUUAGUAGCGUAUUUGUGAAGGGGUUUUUUAAAGUAAGAAAAUAAUUUUGUCAAAAAAAAUCAAAUGAUGUUUGAUUGUUUUACAAAAGUGCUUAAAU